AAUUCAAUGAACAUAUGAUAAGUGAGUGAAAGACAACAAUCACUGUAUGUUUUGAGCGAAUGUUUUCAAUCAAUUGAGUCAUUGAUUGCAAACAUUGUUUACAUAUUUUAAUUGACUGUUAUUUUUCAUCAACACAUCCAUUGAUUAAGACAACCGAGCAAUGAGUCGAUACAUACCAUAUAAGAGUCAAGAGUUCGCCGGAAUUCCCGAACACUUGAAGAUAAGUAUAACAAAAAGAUUGGAUCAGUUUGUCAACGACGAUGACGACCGCAGCGAACUGGCUUUUGAACCGAGUUUGACAUCAAAUGAGCGAAAAUAUAUUCACAACUAUUGCGUCCAAUUCGGACUUAAGACCAAAAGCCAUGGCGUUGAACCCAACAGACAUAUUGUGAUCUACAAAAAGGACACAACAAAUGUCACAAAUAAAGAGGACUUUGAUUUGAGUCUCAAUUCACAGCACGCGGUCAUUGAAUUGCGAAAGAGUUUGACUGAAACAAGAGAUUGGGACCCAAACUAUGGCAACAAUGUUAGCAAUCUAUACACCGAUAGACAAUUUUAUUGUCGAACGGGCCGUCUAUCGACUAUUAGACCGCAAGUUCCCAGAGGACAGUCUUUUGCCAAAAAUCACUUACGAAGUUAUAGACAAGAUCUACCGAUAUUUCAAUUUAGAGAUAAUAUAUUAACAACAAUUGACAGAAACAAAGUUGUGAUAAUUAGUGGCGACACCGGUUGUGGCAAAACAACUCAAGUUCCGCAGUAUUUACUUGAAAAUUGUACGGCCACUGGACAGCCAUGUCGUAUAAUAUGCUGCGAACCGCGUCGUUUGGCCGCUAUAAGUGUUGCCGACAGGAUCUGCUUUGAAAGAGACGAAGAAAUUGGUAAUACUGUUGGCUAUCAGAUACGUCUUGAGAGCCGUGUUUCAAAUAAUACUGUUUUAACGUUUUGUACAAAUGGUGUCAUAUUGAGGACAUUGAUGGCCAAUAGUGAGGAACUAUUAAGAAAUGUCACUCAUAUUAUCAUAGAUGAAGUUCAUGAAAGAGAUCGUUUUAGUGACUUUUUGUUGCUUAUUAUGAAACAAAUAUUAAAAACCAACCGAAAUAUUAAAUUAAUACUAAUGUCUGCGACUUUUAAUUUAAAAAGAUUUGUUGAUUAUUUUGAUGACAACUGUCCCAUCAUUGAAAUACCUGGCCGUCAAUAUCCGGUAGACGAGUAUUUCUUGGAGGAUGUUCUAAAAGCAACCGGUUAUAUGACUCUUCCAAUGGCUCGAUAUAAACAAAAGUUGGAUCAAAAUAAACGUCGAGUUAAUAAUUCAGUGAUUAAUAGUGAAUCAUAUAAAGAAAAGAGUUCUGAAGCUAUGAUCACACUAAAGGAAGUGAUGGAUAAUUUGCUAAAGAAUGCAUGGGUUGAUGGAACUGAUGAAGCAUUUGAACAACUACUGGAUUUUGUAACCAAAAAUAAUGAGUUAAUUGAUUACAAACACAGCGAAACUGGAGUUUCAUCUUUGAUAUGUUCGGCCGGUCGUAACAAACGUGAUAUCGUAGAAGCACUCAUAUAUACCGGUGCCGAUGUUACGGUAAGAUCUCCCAACAAUAUGACAGCUUAUGAAUGGGCCGAUUAUUUUGGUCACAAAGAAAUUACUACAUAUUUAUCAUGUGUUACGGGCAAUGCCAGAGGAGGCUCUACGGGAGUCGUACUAACAGAUGAGGACAAGGAAUUGCUUGACAUUUAUCACAACUGUUUCAAUGACGACGAUAUAGAUUGUCAAUUAAUUUGUGCCGUUUUAGAGCAUAUUAUGCGUAAUUCUAGUUCUUCAAGUGCUAUACUGAUGUUUCUUCCGGGUUUGGAGGACAUACUGGCCGUUAGAGACAGUAUUUUGUUAGAACAGAAACGCUUUAAUCCUCGUAAUUACCAAAUAUUUAUACUUCACUCACAAAUGCAAUCAUCGGAUCAAAAACGGGUAUUUAAUCGAUUGCCAAAUAAUUGCCGAAAAAUUAUAUUAGCGACAAAUAUCGCCGAAACGAGUCUUACUAUCGAUGAUGUAGUGUUUGUCAUUGAUUUGGGUAAAGUCAAAGAAAAGUCAUUUGAUUCGUUGAUGGGCAUUUCAUCACUAAAGUCUGUAUGGGUCUCACAGUCGAGUGUAAAGCAACGACGCGGCCGAGCGGGUCGUACUCGUGCCGGCGUUUGUUAUCAUAUGUAUAGCAAAUCUCGUUACCAAAGCUUUCAAAGUCAUCAGUUGCCAGAAAUAUUGCGAAUUCCUAUUCAUGAACUCUGUUUGCAAACCAAACUACUUAUGCCCGACAAUAGACUGUCUAUUCAUGAAUUCUUAUCUCAAGCUAUGGAUUCUCCGUCCAUCACAAGUGUUCGCACAUCUAUACAACUUCUUAAAACAAUUGAUGCAUUGGAUUCAAUGGAACAAUUGACACAAUUGGGUCUUCGAUUACUUGAUUUGCCAAUUGAACCGAAUUACGGAAAAAUGAUAUUUUAUUCAAUUAUAUUGAAAUGUGUCGAUCCAGUCGUUACUAUUGUCAGUUCAUUUGCUUAUCGAGAUCCCUUUAUGAUUCCGACGGCUUUGGAGAAACAGAAAUCACAAAAAGACAUUAAGAAACAGUUUUAUCCAAACAAUUCAAUGAGUGAUCAUAUUAUAUAUUUAAAUGUUUUUAACCGUUGGUUAGAAAUACAAACAAAAAAUGAGAGACAAUUAUUUUGCCGAAAGUAUCUCAUAUCAAAUACUUCUAUGGAAGUGAUUGAAGGCAUUAGGAAACAAUUGUUUGGACAGUUAAUGAGUGCUGGAUUUAUCAAACGAGAUAGUGAUGAACACAAUAUAAAUGCUGACAAAUGGUCGGCUAUUAAGGCUGCUCUAUGUGCCGGUGCUUAUCCUAAAUUAAUACGAUUUGACAAAUAUGCCGAACAGUUUUGGUGUCAAAAGAAUAAGAUUAAAUUUCACGGCUCUUCUCUAUUAAACAAUUUUGACAAUAAAUUUGUUGGCAAACCAUCAAAAUUGCAGGCAAUUAUGCCGAAAAAUUGUUGGUAUAUUUAUGAGGAAUUGAUAAACACUGGCGGACGGACAUCGCUGGCUAAGACAUUGACUGCUGUCAGUGCCAUAACAGUGGCCCUGUUUAGCGGCAAACCAACUGUUGAUGACAAUCAAACAGUUGUUCACGAUUUAGAAAGUGAUGCACAGAUAUUGAUUGAUGAAUGGAUUCAAUUUGAUUGCGAUCGACAAAUAAAAAUGAUUACUAGUUUUCUUAAACAAGAAUUGCAUAAUGUGUUUGUACGACAAAUUGAUGGCAGAAACAAAUCAUUUAAUCAAUUUGCAGAAAUUGAUCGCAAAGUUAUUCACGCAGUGGUUAGUGUUUUGGAAAUUGAAGACCAAAUGUCUGGCUUUAGUCCAGUAGAGCCCAUAUAUCUGAGACCACAAUUUGGAGCAACUGUACAACGUUUCGCUCCUCCGAUUAGACAUAAAUUUGAGAGUCGAGAAUUUUAUUCAGAUCGACAGUUUCGUCAUCAGAGAAACAAAUUUUCGGGUAAUAAAUCUAAUAAUACUUUUUAUUAA